AUGGAGACGCCGGACCGCCGCAGCAGCCUCCUGUCGCCUUCAUCUGCGGCCACGACUAGGUCGAGGACCUCGAGUCGAGGCUCGACGGGCAAGUCUAGCAAGCAGACGCAGCUGUCUGUGCCUGAAGACGCGAGUCCCUGUCCCAAGCCGCGACGGGGCUCAAAGGCAAAAGCAGCGGCCCAGGACGAUGUGCUCGACGUGGGCGGGUCGAGCCCUGGCGGAAGGACAGACGAUGGAGGAUCGGUCAGCAGCUACCAAGGUGCCGGCCGCCCUCCUGCGAGGUCACGGACGUCGUCGUCGUUCAAGAAGCAGUCGCCCGAGGAGAUUGACUCGCGAAUAAACGACUACAUCAUGUCGCCCGCGGCGAAGCGGCCGCCAGGAGUCAACUACGUCCUUGCCGUCACCAGAAAGGUCAACGGCACGUCGGUGCAAUGCAUCAAGAUCGGGUACUCUGAAAGAAGCGUCGGCAAGCGCAAAACGGAGAUUCUGAGCCAGUGCAAGCACGAGUCGGUGCGGGUCGUCUACAACUCGAAGCGGCUCAUCGCGCACGCCAAACAGGCCGAAGACCUCAUCCAGCGAGAGCUGCACAACUUUCGCGUCGACCCGGGAUGCUCGUGCAAGAACACGCACUGCGAGUACUUCAAGGUGGACGAGUCAGUUGCACGCGAGGUGUCGGUCCGGUGGGUUGCCUUUUGCGCCAAGGAGCCCUGGGGACAGCUUCACGAGCUGCACGGGUUCUGGACCGCGCGCAUCAACAACAGGCGGUGCUACAGCGAGGAGGACAAGCCUGAUGGUAGGGACGGCCAGAGGCGGCUUAUUGCUGAGAUCUGGCGCGAAUUUGCGGCGGCGACGGUCCGGGAGCAGCUCGCGUUCGACGCCGUCGCCGUCGUGUGGACGUUCGCGUCAUGGAGCUGGCUGUCUCUUGGCCAGGCAGCCUACCUGAUGAGCGUCAGGUUCCCGAAUCCGAUACCCGUGGUCUUCUUUGCGGUGGUGGUGAUGUUGAUGCUCGCACAGCGCGAUCUCGCGGGUAUGCGGCUGGUAUCUUGGAUGGACGUGAAGCUCCAGGCCAGCGACCAGUCUCCUAAGCAAAGGGCGACAGGCGAAUCAGCCGACAGUGGUGAUGUUGAGAGCCGCGUUGGGGAUGAUGUAAUGGACGCAGACGAGAAUGGUGACGAAGCAGAGGGCGGGUCGGUUGUGACCUUGUCGGCGCCAUGUACGCCGCGUUCGCCUCCAGAGACGAUCGUGAUUGAAGACAGCGAGGAGGAGGCAGGGGAGGGGGAGGAGGAGGACAGCGAUGGCGAUGGCGAUGAUGACAAGGAUGAGCUGUGGCGAGAAAGGAUUGUGACGUCGAGAUGCGUGGUCCGAGUAGACGCGACAGGAGCUGCGAGAAAAAGAAGAAGAGCGGCGAGCGGAGGAGUUGUGGCGGAGUAG